GACCGUAUCUGGUAAUUAAUUCCUUGCAUCAUGCACCGCUUCGUUCUUAUAAUCUUGGCCCUCGCAGCCUCGACGGCUUACGGCGGCAGUAUCGGAGGCCGCAUCGUGGGCGGAUCAAACGCGGUGGACGGUGCCUAUCCCUACCAAGUAUCUCUGAGGAAUGUUAGAACCGGACAACACUUCUGCGGCGGUUCAAUCAUCAACCGAAAAUGGAUCUUGACCGCCGCUCACUGCGUCACGACCUACCAGUACCUCCCAGUGCUGAUGUCAGCUGUGGUUGGAACGAACACCCUUGACCAGGGCGGCCUCUCGUACCUAGCCAGAAGCGUGAUCGUCCACCCGGAAUACAAUGCGCUCCUGAUCCGCAACGACAUCGCGCUGGUCGAACUAGGUCUCAGUCUCAUCUACACGUCGAAAAUUCGUCCGAUUUUACUGCCCACGGAGGACUUCACCAAGGCCAACUACCCCGCGGUACUGACCGGAUGGGGAACCGACGGAUACCCUGGGACCGUUCCCAACGAACUUCAGCAGAUCGUUCUGAACGUUAUCGACCAGCGUUGGUGUUUGUCCAGAAGCUUCAGAACCACGGAUGCGAAUAUCUGCACGCUCACCGACGUUGGAGAAGGAGCUUGCCACGGUGACUCUGGUGGUCCCCUGGUCGCUGAUGGUGUACAAAUCGGAGUUGUCUCAUGGGGAACACCCUGCGCCCUCGGUGAACCUGACGUCUUUACUCGCGUCUGGAGUUUCAUUGAUUGGAUCACUGAAAAUAUCAGCGAAUAAGAACUGCCACGCUUGUUUUUGUUUUUAAAAAACCAGGCCAAAACAAAUCCUCUGGCUUCUAAUAAACAAUUUCAAAAACA